ACGACAGAAACCCUAAAUGAGAGAGUGAGAGAGAAGAAGAAGCAAGGGGUGGCUGCGAAAGCUUCUUCAAGUCCAAACACUUGAUAGUUUUCGCAGCAGCUCAUAUAACAUAACAUGUCACGCUCUCUCUCGCUGCCCAGACGUCUUUCUCUGCUUGCUCAAUCUAUCUCGCUUCGGCGAGGCUAUGCUGUUGCGUCGGAUGUUCCGCUAAGAGUUGGAUUGGGCAAUAUAGAAGACAAGCCCGUAAAAAGAGAUGGUUCAGAAGCCUACUCCGCUUGGGCCCCGGAUCCAGUAACAGGCUACUACAGGCCCAUUAAUCACACCCUUGAAAUCGACCCUGUGGAUCUCCGCAACAUGUUGCUCAACCACAAGCUCAGAUUAACCCACUAGACCUAGCUAUGCUAUGGCUGCUAGUGCUAACCUAAAUAAAAGAUAAACUAAAUAAAGGCUUUUGUUCAAGUAUGUUAUGUUAAAUUAUGUCCUAUAUAUGUACCCUAAAAUACUACCUUUAAGCUAAACACCGAGGACUAUGUUUUCGUUUAUUAUAUUUCUCUGCAUCACAGCGCUA